UUUUUGUAAAACUCUCUAUAUUAUCCACAUUUCGCAAAUAACAAUGUUCCACUGUUUUUGACAAAGAGAGUCCACACCUAGAAGUAGAAAAAGUUAAUAUUAUUGAAACACAUUGCAAGCAGAGAUACAAUGAUUUUUUUUUUUUUCUUUUAGAAUUUAAUAAUUUCAAUACACAGUAAUUUGAAAAUCUUUUUGUCUGUUACCAAUUGUUUAACGAAUGCCAUAUUGUAUAGCGCAGCCAUAGCAAUCAAUAUUUCAGGAUAAUCAUAGAUGUUCGAUUUUCAGUAUAAGUGGCAGACGCCAAUAUAACCGUAGAGAACUAUCAUUUUCUUAUCUACGAUACAAUUAUACCCAACGUCGAUUAAUUUAAAUGGGUAAUGAUGCGUACUUGUCGUAUAAGAUUCAAAAUUAUGCUUAAUAACUGGUUACACGCAUCGAGUCAUAUAUCAUCAAAUGUCUAGUAUAAUUGCAUUCAUCAAAUUGAUUUCUUUCAUUUCGAAAAGAAAGACGUUCAUCCUCUUGAUAUCGUUUCUGUAUCAGUUGCAUACCUGAAAAUAUGGACGAAGACCAGAAAUAAAUGUACCAAUAUAUUUGAUAUUCCUUAUUAUAAACUGCUCGAGAAAUACAUGAAAUUUUUGGGACAAGAUCCACGCCAAAGAGACGGAUUCAGAAAUAUUAUUGUAAUUGCAAUGGUGACUAGUAUUUCUGGCAUUCUUAUUCCAACGUAAGUAAUCAGGUAAUGUUGUUAAACGAUCGGGACCUGGAAUUCAUUAGUCAUUAGAAUUAUACACGUCAUUAUGUGAUAAAAAUAUGGACGCAGUGAUCGAGUGUCUGCCCCAUUUGAUCGCGGCUGCAACGAGUGUCGUUAAACUUCUGAAUAUUCAUUUCAACAGGGAAAAUUUUAAAAAAUUGUUUGAAUUUAUAACAAAAGAAUGGGAAAAGUUUGAGUUAAAUAAUCAAUUUCAUGUUCUCGAAGAAAUCACCAUAAAAGGUAGUAAAAUGGCACAGUUGUAUCGAAAUACAUUGUUAUCCUUCAUGGUAUUAUUUUUACUCGUACCACUGAUCUUUCCUCUUCUGGAUAUUGUUCAUCCAUUAAACGAAACUCGAUCGAGACAGCAAUUAUUUAGAGUUAAUUAUUUGAUCUUUAACCAUAAUGACUAUUUUUUUUACAUAUAUUUGCAGUUAGCUUGGGGAUCUGUCAUUGUUGUGAUGAUCAUAGUUACUAUAGAUUCAUUGUACAUGAUUAUAAUUCAUCACAGCAGCGGAAUGUUUGCGAUGUGUGGGUAUAAAGUUCAAGAAGCGACCAGAUAUCCGAAUCUAUUCAAUGACAGAAUUAUUUCAGAAAAUUACACGUAUGAACAGCUUAAAAAUUGCAUAACCACUCACGAUAAAGCCAUUCAGUUUUAUAAUAUUCUGAACGAGAGCAGUCGAAAUAGUUAUUUAAUUCAGGUUGGAUUAAAUAUGAUGGGUAUAAGCGUGACAGCUGUCCAAACAGUCGUAAAUCUAGAUAGACCGGAAGAAGCGAUUAGAACUGCUGUAUUUCUUGGAGCUGAGCAAUUUCAUUUGUUUGUAAUUAGUUUACCUGGACAGGUACUUUUGGAUCAUUGUACAGAAUUGGCAAAUAAUAUAUAUAGCUCUACAUGGUAUGGAAUACCAGUAAAAAUUCAGAAAGUACUCCACAUGAUGCAAAUAAGGAGUAAAAAGCCGUGUUCAUUGACAGCGGGCGGAUUGUACGAAAUGAAUAUGGAAAAUUUCGGAAUAGUAUGUAAUAAUUAUAGAAUUAUUACUUAUAACUUUAUAUUUAUUAACAUUUAUACGAUCAUUAUUAUUUUAAGACGUUUAAAACUUGCAUGUCAUAUUUCACGAUGUUAAUGUCACUAAAGAAAUGAGUAUACAUAAUACGUCGAAAAUAUUUAGUUCAUGACUUCAUUUUGUAUCUAGAUCAAGAAUAGUAGAACAAAUAUGUAUUGUUAAUAUAUAUAUUGUUGAAAAGUUAAAAUGAUUUUUUUUAAAGUUAUUUAAUCAUAUUUUCUAUACGAUAUGGAUAGUAUUUUAAUAAUAAAUUAUAAUAAAUUGUAUUACAAAA